AUGUCAGACAAGAUUGAUAAUCUGCGUUGCUUUUCUCAACCGCUUAUCCAUUUAAAUGGGACAAACAACGUGACGCCAGUAUCACUGCCAACUCUCAGUUUAUUAAACGACUAUUCCCGAAACAGUGUUAACUUCGAUAAAGUUCAUCUUUCUCUUAGCGUACUAAGAUUGGACCCUGCAGACCGCGCAGUAAUAAAAAUCGCAGAUGAACGUGAUGCAAUACAAAAGAAAGCCUUCACCAAUUGGGUUAAUCAACAUUUGGUUAAGCGUAAUUGUUGGGUUCAAGAUUUAUUUUUGGAUUUACGUAAUGGUUACUUACUAGUACGUUUAUUGGAGUGUUUAACGAAUGAAGUAUUGGGGCUUGAAUACAUUGAAAGUCGUGUCCAUUGGAUACAAAAUAUUCAACGUGUAUUAGAUUUUCUUCGAUAUCGUGGGAUUCGCAUAGUAAAUAUUCGUGCAGAUGAAAUCGUCGAUGGUAAUCCCAAGUUAACAUUAGGCCUUAUUUGGAUUAUAAUUUUACAUUUUCAAUUGGCAGAAUUGAUUGAAAAUCAGACAAAAUUACAAUCGGAUCUUCGUGUUAAUUUAUCCAUGGAUAAUGCGGCUAAACAAACAUUACUUAGUUGGUGUCGAGCAGUCACAGCGAAUUAUCCAGGUGUAUAUAUAAAAGAUUUUACUGAAUCGUGGAAAGAUGGUCGCGCAUUCCUUGCCUUGAUUCAUCGUUAUAGACCGGAUUUAAUUGAUUUUCGUCAAGUUGAUCGUCAAUCUGCCCGUGAAAAUCUUGAUUUAACAUUUGACUUAGCUGAACGUGAACUUGAAGUUACUCGUUUAUUUGAUUCAGAUGAUAUUGCAAAAACAACUGAUGAACGAUCGAUUAUAACUUAUGUAGCCUCAAUUUAUGAUAAACUAGUAUGUAAUUCAUCAAAACAUUCAUUAUAUCCAGUACCAAUUGUACCACCUAUGCCUUCUUUAUAUCAUGAUCAAAAUUCUACUAGUAGACCAAUUGAUUCAACUUUUCAACUUCUUAGUGCUUCUAAUCAACUUUCAGAUGAAUUAAAAUCACUUUGGUCAGAUUAUCGUAUUUUAGGUAGUGAUCUAAUACAAUGGUUAAGAUCAACUACUGAUCGUAUGGCUAAUCGUCAUUUUCCAUCAGACUUAAAAUCAAUGCAAGAACGUGUUAUGGAUGAAAUACGACGGCAUAGACGUGAUGAACGACCAAGAAGAGAAAGAGAACGUCAACAAUUAGUUCGUAUGUAUGAAGAAUUAAAGCCAUCUUUUGAACGUGGUUUACUACCAAUUGAUUUAUUCCUUCGAAUUGAACAAAUUCACCGAUUAUGGGAUGAAUAUGAUAUUGCUUUACAAGAACGUGAAUUGGCUGCAAGAAAUGAAACUCAUCGUUUAGAUCGUUUACAAUGGGCUGGUAAUCGAGCUCUACGUGAUUGCAUUCAAGUCCAAGCACAGUUGACUGCCUUAGAACGGCGAGUUGUUGAGUUGAAAUCUGAACUACCUGGUCAGCAUGUAUUCGAUACUAAUAAUGAAAUAAGACGUUGGUGUGAUCAACUUACGCAAAUUGAAGCUAAAAUCAAUGGAUUAUUCAAUCAAGUACAACAUUUACGCACUGGACGAUAUAUACAAACAGAACAAAUUUAUAGAAAUGUUUGUACAUUACACCAGAAAUUCUUAGAUCUUCAACGUUUAUAUCGAGAAUUUACAUCUUCUUCAACGGUAUUAUCACCACUCAGUGUCGUCUCUGGUUCUGUUUGUUCAACAUCUAUGACCAUAUCGAGUCACUCUACAUUCACAUCUCUUAAAAAUGGUACCAUUUUGGAAAACACUCACCUUAUUCAAGGUAAAUUAAUUAGUCCAAUCGAACAAUGCUUACAAUGGAUUAUGGAACAUUCUCACACUGUACAAACUGCAUCCUAUGGAGCAAAUCGAAAAUCCGUAGAAGAAGCUACUAGGCGUCAUGAACAAUUUCAUCGAGAAGUGUUGAACUUUAAGAACGAAAUCGAUCGAUGCAAAGCUAAUCAACAAAAGCUUCCGACACGAUCAAAAGAAGAGAAACAAGUUCUUAAUGAAUCACUUCAAAUACUUGAACAAAAUUAUCAACAAUUAAUGGAAGCUUCAUUAAAACGUCGAAAUAUGUCGAAGUCAUUAUUGGAAUUUGUAGAACGUGCCCAUAAUGAAUUAAUUUGGCUAAGGGAACAUGAAUCAUUCGAGGUGACUCGAGAUUGGACUGAAAUUUAUCAUAAUGAACUAGAUCGUAUUCGAAUUGAUUUUCAAAAACUUAUGCAUGAGAUACAUGAAAAAGAAAUUGUCUACAGUGAACUCAGUGUAUUAGGCUCAUCUAUCCAAUUGGAAAAUUAUGAUGUAACUGAUCUUGUACAGACUUAUCUAAAUGCUUUGGAACGUCAUUGGGCUUGGUUAUUACAAUUAACCUAUUGUUUUGAAGCACAUAUUGAACAGAGUGCACGAUUUCAAAGUUUUUUCAAUGAUGUUGAACAAUGUGAAUUAUUACUAACUACAUCAUUAGAAGAAUUACGUUCUCUUUAUGAAUCAACGUUAAAUGCAACAACAACUGAACAAGGUGAAACUCUUCUCAAACAAUUACAAGAACUUCAUACUCGUGUAAUUGGUCAAGAGUCAUUUAUAUUUCAAUUAGUAGACAUAAGUCAAGAAAUUAUCCCACCAAUACCAAGUCACGUGGAUGCACGAGACAGUUCAACAACUUUGAUUGGUCGACGUAUACGUGUUCUAUGCUCAUUCCAACCGAAAGAUUAUUUCUCCGAUAAUCAAUCCUAUUCCGGUGAUGUAUCAAUCGUUAAUUCCGCCAAUACAAGUCAUUUAUCGAUUGCAAACGCAAGUAUUAGUAGUAUUAUAGAGCCAACAUUUUGGCCAGUCGGCAACAAUACAGGUUAUUUUGAUAAAGGUGAUUUUUUCAUAAUAUUGGAAAAUCCAGAAAAUCAUAAGCUUCAGGUUCGUACAGCUAAUGGAUCUACACUAACUGUUCCUUUGGCAUGUUUUCUGCCUUGUUGGCCUAGUAGCGAAGCAAUGGAUCGAGCUAAACGUAUUAUUACAACUUUACAACAUUUUAAAACAUGUUGGUCUGAAUUGAAUUUACGAAUACAUGGACAUUUAUUAACUGUAACAAUGUCUAAAUUUAUUGAUGGUGCACCACUUCAGUAUAAUAUCCCACAACAAAUGGAUAUACGAAAAGUAAUUUAUCGUGAUGCUGAACGUUAUUAUUUAGAAUUGCAACUAGCUAAUGUACCAGCGACAGAAGUGGAGAAAUUCAAGCAACGUUUUCUAGAUUUUCAAAAUAGUUGCAUUAAACAGGUGAAUGGUGUUCAAACUACUGAUGACAAGACUGGUAAUGAAGGUUUAUUGACCAAAUCAUCAGAAAUUUAUUCAGUUAUCGAUGAACUAAGAACAGUGUUGAAUACGUUGACAGUACGUCUUAGGGAGUCGAAUUCAAUACCCUUACCAGGUAGAUCAAUAGAUAUGGAAGUUCGUAUUAAAGAUCACAAGGAAUGGUCUCAUGCUUUAGCUCGUGUUCGUGCUCAAUGUACAGGAUUAGAAGAACAUAUCAAUAGUCAGUUACAAUCACGAUCAUUGAAUGAACAAGAUACACUGUUGAGUACAAGUCUUUAUGCUCUACAUAGAGCAGCUAGUGAACUAGCACUAACUGGUCAUGAAUUUUCUUGUCGAUUAGCUGAUGCUGACGCAUGGAUCGCCCGUUUAGAACAAACUGAUCAAACACUAACGGAUUGUGAAUUAUGUCUACUAGGUUGUGCAGUACGUGUACAUGGCCUAUUACAACUUGAUGAUUUGAAUAGUUCAACUGAUCCAGAUGGUCUUCGUGUUACAGUGGUGGAAAGAGCUCAUCGAGAUUUAAAGUCGGUAGCUGAGCGUCUUCCUCAAGUUCGAACUGAUCUAGAUUUACUUAGUCAACAAUUAACCAGAUUUAUGGUUUCCAAUGAAGCAUUUAAUGAAACGCUCCAGUAUGAUACUGCUAACCUAUGUGAAAAUUCAAACCUGUUAAAGAUGCAUUUAUCACCUUGUACUGAUAAUCAUUAUUUAGAAUCAAAUCUUGCUUGUUCUGAACAUCGUCUAGCUGAAGCAACUAAAGAAGUUGAACAAGAACUCAAAUCAUUUGGUGAAUCACUGGUCUGUUUCUCAAACUAUCAAAAGUUAUCCAGUCAACUUAUUGUGUGGUCAAGUGAAUUCUCUUCUCGUAUGCGAUUAUUUGGCGAAAUGACUCAGUCUUUAGGAUUAAAAUCAUCCGAUACAAAUAUGAUUACUGUACAAAACCCUAGUUUAUUAAAAGAAAUUCUUAAACAGUCUGAUGAUUUACUAACAGAUUUGCAAGUUAAUUCAGAUGUUAUGGAACAAUUGAAUAAAGAAGUAGCUCAUUUAAUAUCUUCAUUAACUAAUUAUGCGCAACAUACUCAAAAUUACCGUGAAUUAGUUGAGAGUGUGUUUCAGAAAGCUGGUGGUUCACGAGAUUAUCAAUGGUCACCAGGAUAUGGUUUAUUCGAUAUGGGUAGAGUAUUACAAACAACUGAUCAGCUGAAUGAACAAUUUAAUACCCAUUCUCGUCGUAUAUAUGAUAUAGUGAAUUGUUUAAAUCGGCUUCUGCGAUCCGAAGAACCUAUCUCUAUGAAUUUAUCUGGUCCAAUUUUUGUAAAGCCUUAUCGUGAACUCUACGUAGGUAGAUGGCCAAAUGAAUUAAACAAUUGUUUAAAGGAAACUCAAUCGUCUUUUUCUCCCUUGGUAUCACGAUCAAAGUAUCAAGAAAAUGGAAAAGAUCACACAUUACCAUUAAAAGUUGCAAAUAAUUCAAAAGAUAAAAACCAUUCAGAUUUAUCGUAUUUUAAUCAACUAAUCGGGGAAAAGGGACUCCAAUAUAGUGUAUAUCUUAAUGAUGUGCGAAGUCAACCAGUGUGUUUACUCCCAACUGGUUGGGAAGCAGCUACAUUGACUACAAUAUCCAAAGCACGUGAAUUAUAUGGACCAAAAAUUUUUCCAACUACUGGUGCAUGGUUUGUGACUAAUUUAGCUGGUGAGAAUGAAACAUAUGGACUCGGUGAAACUAUUUGCUUAGGAGAUGCACUACGAUGUGGAUUAAUUGAUUUAGUUGGGCAUAACUGUCAUCAAAAUCGAAGUUCACUUGCCAUUUCCUGGUCUGAAGCUAUUGAUCGUGGCUGGUUAACUGCCUAUACUAUUCAGGCUUUAAAUAGAAAUAUAAAAAUUGGUGAUUAUAGUGCAUCUGUAACAGAUUUUCUGACUAGUCCUUCGCGUAACCCUGUCGAUCGUCAUAUCGACCCAAAGACUGGUGUAGUCAUGCCAUAUGGCAAAAAAAUUAUUGAUUUAUACUCAGAUGGAUUCAUAAAUGAGGCAGAUUUUCAUCAUUUAGCUUCUAUUCUAUCUAGUGGCAUUUGUGUAGAAUUUCGAGAUUGUCACUUGACAUGGUAUGAAGCUUUAAGCAUUGGUCAAGCAGAUAUAUCUUGGAAACCUUGUCUAUCUGAUUGGUUAGCUGCUGGUGCGUACAAUCCAAAUACACGACGUUUACGUGUCAGUUUACUAAAGUCUGGAAAAGUUAAUAGCAAAAGUAAAGCAUCGAAUAAUUCAUUAGUGUUUACUGAAAAUGAGUUAACAAUCAGAGAUGCAAUUAAAAAUGGACUUUUAGACAAUACUGUCCCAGAAGUCAUUCUACCUGUUGAAAACCAAGUGGGUGACUACCAUGCUACCUCUUAUCGACGUGUCAGUCUGUCUGAAGCUGUUCAAAUAGGUCUUGUUGAUGAUGUAUCUGGUUAUUGGCUCGGACCAAGUUCAUCUUCUAGUCGAACGAAGGUUGGUGUGGAAGUGGCUCAAGCUGCUGGCUUAUUAACUAAAGCUCCUUGUCUAGCUGAAAUUGUUUUAUCUGGUCUAAUAUCGUUUACUGCUCCGAACAUGAGUGAAAAACAUCCUAGAAACAAUGUGGGUAUUCUUGAUGCCCACACUGGUCAAUACGUAUUGUUUCCAGAAGCAAUUAAACGUGGAAUGAUAGUUGGAAAUCAACCAGCCAUAAUUCUUAUGCAAUCCCAUUCCAAUCAAGUAUUGACUUUAGUCGAAGCUCUGAAUACAAACUUAAUCACGCCGUCCGGAUUUAUAAUUUUGGAAAAUAAACCUAUGAAUUUGUGGGAUGCAGUUAACAAUAAUUAUAUUCGACUUAUAUAUACUAAAUCGUAUCCGCCGCCUGUAGGUUUAUUACUGGCUGCUAAGGAAUCAAAUCAGACGCAUCGUCAACAUCCUAUAUUACAAGCUAUUCGUACAGGACUAAUUGAUUCAUCGAAAGAGGAGAUUAUUCUUUCUAGCACAGACCCACGUCAACACGGUUCAAGCUCUUCGCAACAACGUAUCUCUUUAAGAAAAUCAGCUAAGCAUUCAGGAUUGUGUGACUUACACUCUAUACAGUUAUUAACUCAUGGAUGUGGAUUAUUCAAUGAAGAUGGUCGUGAGCUAACUGGUUUGGAAGCACUUAACUCUGGUUGGUUAAAACCAUGUGAAGAUUUUCAACUAGGUUCAACUAUAACAUAUGGACAAAUAACAGAUCCUGUUAGUGGGUCGUCUAUAAUAUUGUCGCCAAAUAUGAAGACAAUGAAAAAUAUUGAUAUAUCACCAGUUGGGGCUCAAUUACUGUUAGGCUUAUCUAUCAAUCGUCCUUCUUUGGCUUAUUUAAUUAAUCAACGUUUUAUAACACGUUUAGCAUGGCUUGGUCCAGGUUUACAUAAUGAUAAUUUAAUAAAUAAAACACUGAAUGAUUCAUGGUUCACACAUAGCUGUCGGUCUGAUGAUAUAUUAGCUGUUAUAGAUCCAAUUAGUAGACGUAAGAUCACACAAUCAGAAGCGAUUCGCCGUCAUCUACUAGACAUGGAGACUGGUACAUUUCGAGAUCCUGUUCAUAAUCAAAUCUAUCCAAUUAGUGAAGCAAUAGAAAAAGGACAUAUUUUAGUGAAAGAAAAAUCUCUUAUGGGUAACACGUCAUCCGUACCCCACUCACUUCAUUCAGAAGUAAAUGAAUCAGUCGAAAUGGUUUCUGUCAAGGAGACUCGUCUAUAUAAGAUUUUAAAUGUUCUGGACCCUCGUACCGGCACUCGGAUUGAUCCAAACGAAGCUGCUAAGAAAGGUCUUAUCAAUUUGAAAUCUUUCACAUACCAUGGUGUACAACCAAGUAUUCCAAUUGAAUCAGCACAACAAUUAGGUUAUAUAUCAAUUUACGGCAAUAAUUAUGAAGCCUCUCAUGAUAGUCUUAUGGUAGAUUCUACAGAUAAGUUAUCAUAUACUUUAGCUCAAUUAUUUAAUAAUGGUCAACUAGUUAAACAGUCCGGAUCGAAAUGUGUUAUCAAAGUCCCAGGAUACACAGAUCCAAUGUCUUUAAAUGCAGCUAUUACAUUGGGUUUAGUUAAUGUUGAACAUUCAAUAGUGAAAGAAUUUAACACAGAAAAAUUGUAUUCAUUGGAUGAAGCUAUUUUAGUUGGUUUAAUAAAUGAUCAUAAAGGUCUUUUAUUGUAUAAAAAUAAGUGGAUUCCAUUGACUGAUGCUAUAAAUCGAGGUUUGAUAGCUGAUAAAAAAUUACCAACAGAAAUACCGACUUUUGAAGAAGCUCUCGAGAAAGGAUUAAUUGAUCCAGCCUCAAAUACUUUUCAUCAAUCAGACAACAAUAGUAAUUCUAAUCGGUCGUAUUCUAUAAAUGUUCAUGAUGCUAUUAAACAAGGAUUAUUGAAACCUCCGGCUACUGAAACUUUUGGAAAUCUCAAUAGUUUACCAAAUAAAGGAUAUACUCAUAGUAUGGAUUCCUUAUUAGCUAUUAAAAGACGAAGUGCAAAAGAUUCCAAUUAUACUGCUGAACUACGCAAUAACACAUUACCUCCUAUCAUACCAUCUGGCCAUUUAUUAAGUAAUGGAAACGAUUUUAUUGCUAACAGUGGUCGUACUGAAUCAAAAUUGAUCAAAUUCUUAGAUUGUCAUGGUGUUGGACGACUACGUGGUAAAUCAUCUCAUUGUAAUUUACGCUCAAAAUCUACAGUAAACGAUGGAGAUGAAUAUACUAUUCGUAAAAAACCUAGAGUUAAAAGUUGUGAUAUACCUAAACUGAAAGAACGUAACUGUGUACUUUAUGCUUUCUAUUACCUACAUGAUGAUGUACGUGUUGAAGCCUCUAUCACCGAUACAAUGGUUCGUGAAGGUCGUGUUGACGUGCAUAGAAAAACUAUUUGUGAUCCAAUCAGUGGACAAUUCUACCCUAUUCCAGAAGCAUUAACAAAAGGUUUUGUUUUCGGUAUUGUUUUUACUCAAGCUGAACAACAUUCGGAAAAUGAUCAGCGAACAUCUAAUUCUUUAUAUUGGUUGGAAGUAUUUCAUUAUCGCCAUGAUAUAUAUCGCUUAGAAAGAGUGUUUGAUCCUUAUUUGAAUAGUUUAGUUUCAGUAUCUGAUGCAAUUGGGACUGGUAUUAUUGAUCCUAUCCAUUGUUCAUAUACUCAUCCGGUAAGCGGAAAUUUAUAUUCAGUCGAAGAAGCUUUGUAUCAAGGUUGGAUACAAGCAUUGCCUGUUGGUAAUCCACCACCAUUUGAUUUAAUCGGCAGUUCAUUUGAUCAUGUUCAUGUACGUACAGUUGAAGAAACUACCACUUUUACAAGAUCUGUACAUACUAUACUUCGUAGUAAACAACUUCAAAAUAAUAUAAAUAAAGAAAUCUGUUCACCUGAUCAAAAAUCUAUGCAUAUUUCACCACAGACGACAUUAAAUGUACAACGUCAAAUACAAUGUAAAACACCACCAAGUUAUCGACCUACUCAUCGGAUACUGACAGAUUCUUCUAUUAGAUAUAAACUGAAAUCAGACAAUCAGAUUACACCAUCUGAAAUUAAUCACAAUAUAAAAAGUGAGAAAUCUGAAGUUUCGACAUAUUCACAUCCUAAUGAACAACACUAUAGUGAUCGUAAACAAGAGGUGAAUAAAACUGCUAAGUCUGCAGAAUCAGAAACUACCAGAAAGCUUAUAUCUCAGCUUUCUACUGCUUUGGAUGAAGAAACAUCAUGGAUAACUGGUUUAGAAUUAAAACUUUUACAAAUGGGGAAUUUGACUUUAGACGAUAAUUUAAACCGCCACCUCCUGGAUGAUCACCAAGAAAUUUUAAAUAAGAUUCGUACUCGUCAAUCUUCAAGUCGAUCUGUAUUAUUUCAAGCUGAACAAGCUAUUGAAACUUUACGUCAUACUAACCAACCAGAAUCUAUCUGGAAACAAUUAGAAGUAAAAUGUCAAGAACUGCGAACACGUUUAGAAGAUCUACAAACUGAAGCUGAGGGUCGAGUUCGAAUUUUACUUCAUAGUUUAGAUUCAUUAGAACAUCUUACUUAUAAAUUACAAAGUCUUCGUAAUCUAUUAGAAAACCUAGAUUCUGUUUUACUUGUUAACACACCAUCCGUAAAUACUACUACUACUACUACUACAAUUGGAGAAAAUCAACUGUCAAAUAAACUAAAUACAAUUAAUCAUCCAGAUGAAAUAGAUUCAUGUAUUUUACGAAUAAAAGCAGCUUUAAGUGAAUCAAAUUCAUCGCAUAAUAACGUUAUUAGUACAUUGCCAAGUGUAAAACAAAAAUUCAUUGCAUCUGUUAAUCGUUACGCUGAUAGUAAGAAAACAUACAAUAUCAAAUUGAAUCAUUUCACUGGCUUAAAUUGUAAACAAUAUGAAGAUAAAAUUCAAAGAAAUAAUAUAGAAUUAGAAGAUAGAAUAGAAUAUACAGUAAAAGAAGCAAAUAAUCGUCUUUUACAUUUAAUUGGUCGUUUAGAAAUUCAAUCAACAUAUCUUACAGAAAUUAAUAUUCUAUAUAAACAAUAUGAAAAACAUUUAUCUGAAUCAAUUCAUCAAUUAGAUAAAACUAAAUUACAAUUGAAUAUAAUACAAAAAAGUCUUCUUCGAUCUGAUGAAUUAAAUACUUUAACAAUGAAUAAAAUUAAAAAACUUAGUCAAGAACGAUUAACUAAAUUAUAUACAUUACAAGGUGAUCUUAAUAAAACUGAAAAUGAUCUAAAAAAUCUGAAAUCUGUUGAAUUAGAUUUAAUUGAAAAGAAAUUUACUGAAGCUAAUCUAAUUACAAAUAAUUCAAUGAAUGCAAUGAAUCAACCAUUAGAUAAUGCUUUAAAUUAUCAAAAACAAUUAAUUGAUCAAUGUGAAAAAUUACAAAAACAAUUUAUGAAAUAUUUAUUAACCAAUCAAACAACACAAGAAUGUUUAAAUGAAUUUUUAAAUCAAACAAAUCGAAUUGGUGAUCAAUUAUCUAAUGAUUAUAUUGAUCAUAAAAUGGAUGAGAUUAAAAAACAAUCAAUUGAAUUUCCUUUAGAUAUGAAUAAAUUAAAUGAAACUUUAGCACAAAUCAAUUCUAUCCAAUCAGCUUCACAAAUAUUAAGAAAUCGUUUAAAUCAAACAAUAGAACAAAUUAAAACAAUUGAUCCUAAUAAAUUACGAUUAACACAAUCCGAAUUGAAACAAACUGAUAUUUUAGAUAAUCGACUUGAAACUUUGAAGGAUGAUGUUAUUUCACGAAUUUCACAAUUGGAUACAUUGCAAAAUCAGUUGACACAGUAUGAUAAUGAUAUUAAUGAAUUUAAUAUAUGGCUUGAUGAACUUGGAAAUCAGUUAAAUUGUCAAACAACUGCUCAUCUACCAGAAAACUAUUUAAAGCACAAACUUCAGUCAAUUAAAAUGCUUAUACCAAAUCGUCAACUACAGUUAGAUAAUAUACAACAAUCUAUUAAUGCUUUAUUAACUAAACUUCCUGAAAGUGAUGAUCAUGGUAAAUUGAUGAAAGAAAAUAUGAAUAAAUUGAAUAAUCGUUGGUCACAAUUACUUCAUUUAAUAAAUACACGUGAAGAUGAUUUAAAAGCAAGAGAGUCAUUUAAUAAUUCCUAUGCACAAGCACGUAAUCAAGUACAAGAAAUGUUGUUAACUGCCGAUGGAUGUUUAACUACUUUAUCAUCACCUAUCAGUUUAAAUUUGAAUUCGGUAAAACAACAAAUGGACAAAUUAAAUGAAUUAUAUUCACUCCGAGAGACAAUCAAACAACAUUUAGAUGAAGUGGACCAAUUAGGUUCUGCUUAUGAUACUUUAUUACAUACAUCAAGUGGAAUUGAUAAGAAUUUCGGACGUGGAACAACUUCAUCAAAUGAUGCUCAUAUUUCUGCUUCUUCAGCAGUACCACGUGUAUCCACUUCUGUUGCCUAUAAACAAUCAAAAGACAAUAAAUUAAUGAAUGUAUUAAGUCCAAUGGCUAGCAGUGGAUCAAGUGGCAUCUCCAGUGCCGAUCCUAUGUGUAAUCUACAUGAAAUUAAUGAAGUCAAUCGUGAAUUAGAUGAGCUACACGAACGUUAUGAUCAAUUAGGUAAUUGUUUAAAUGAACGCCGAAAUGAAUUUAAAUCUUUGAUAAUAAAUUUAAAUAAUUUUGAAGAGAAACGUUUAGAAUUAAUAAAUUGGCUUGGUGAUUAUGUAAAAACAGUGAAUAAUGUUAAUAGAAAUAUUUCUACUGUACAAUCUGUAAAUCAAGCUGUUAAUGAAUUAAAAAAAUAUCGUGCUCAGCUCAAUGAACAAAUACCAAAACUUGAAAUUGUUCGUCAAAGUUUUACACAAGUUUUACACAAUCGUGAUCAUAUGCCAGGUGCUGUAGAAUUAAGAAAUUCAAUGCAUUCUCUUGAACAACAGUGGAAUGAAGCGGUUGUAUUAAAUGAUAAAUCACAGCAAGAUUUAAACAAGUUACAACGUGAUUUAAACGAAUUCCAUAAACUUGAUAUUGAUCUCACACGAAAACUUCAACAAAAAGCUAAUCGAAUACAUAAUGUACAUGACAAAUGCCUUGCAGAUAAUACCAUGGGAAGUGAAAGUCAUCUGAAUCAAAUUUCAACACUUCGUCAAGAAUUGGACAGUGUUGUUCCAGAAUUAAAUAAAUUUAAUCAUUUAGUACAAAAUUUCAAAAAUUUAAUUCCUGAAUCUUUAAUAAAUCAAUUAGACUUCAAUUCUACAAAUGAACGUGUUCGAAAUGAUUUCAAUCAAUUAGUAAACGAAUUGUCAAAAUGGGAAAGUGAAACAAUGAGUAAAAUUGAACCUAAAACUAAUUAUGAACAAUUAGUGAAACAAUUAGAUUCACAAUUGAAAACAAUUAAAACAAAAAUGGAAUGCAGUCCAGUGAAAGAACCUGUUGAGAAAACAAAUAAUUUGAAUGAGAUAAAUAAGAAAAUUGAAGAAAUAAAACCAGUUUUAGAAAAAGCUGAACAAUUAUGUACACAAUUAUGUGAACAUUCUAUAAAUCCAACAGAUCAGUGCAAUAUGAAAGCGAAACUUUCAGACCUUCAACAUUCAUAUGGUCAAUUAGUAAAUGAAUAUCAUAAACGUGAAAAUGGGAAGACUGAACAUUCACCAUCAUUGCCCAGCAAAUCUGAAUUGAGUCCAAUAAAUAAACUAGAUGAAUUAAAUCAAUGGGUAUCGGUGAAGAACAAACAAUUACAGAAUAUAUCUCAUGAUCUGUUAAGUUCCAGUGUAUCACAUACAAAUAUACCAGAGACAAAGCAAAUUGAAAGUGAUUUACAAAACUUAGAAUCUAUGUCAGAAGAAUUAAAAGUUAAACAAAGAGAAUUACAAGAUUUAAAAGAAAAUAAUAAGUUAAAUUCAUCGUCACUUCCAAUGGAUUCUAAAACUAUAGAUUUAUGCAUAAAUCAAAUGAAUUUAUUACAAAACGCUGUGACAGCACAACAGCACCAAUUAAAAUCAAGAACCAAUAAGGAAUUUCUCUUAUCUGACCAGUUGGAACAAUUAGAAGUAUGGAUAACGAAUGAAGCAAUUCAAUUACUUAAUGAACCUAUAGCAAUAAAUGGGAAGUAUUUAGAUGAAAAACCGAUUCCGCUAACAAAUCAACAACAAACAUUACAAAAUCGUAUGCAAUCUAUUUAUAAUAAACAGAAAGAAUUAAAUUCAUUAAAAGAAAAAUUGAGUCAUAUUAAAACUUAUAAUGAUCAACCAAAUAUAUUAACAGAAGAUCAACAAAAUAAAUUACAGAUCCGUACAAAUGGUUUACAAAAUAAACUUAAUAAAUUGGAGAAUGAUGUAAAAUUAAAACUUUCUCAUAUUGAUGAUAUUCAAAAGGCUUAUUCAGCGGCACAAAAUUCACUGGAUACUUACAAACAUUCAUGUGAUGAUCUAGAGACUCGUUGGUUAAAUCUACAACAAGUUUUAUCUACUAUCGAAGUAAAAGAUCUCCUCAAAUCAUCAUCUUCAUCACCAAUAUCAUCAUCUCCACCAUCUUCACCAUCCAUUACAAAACCAUCAAAUCAAAUCAAACAAAUACGUGAUCAAAUGAUUGAAUUACAAAGUGAAUUAUUAGAAUUAACUAAUCAUUCACCAAAAUAUUUCGAUUCAAAGGAUCAUUCAUCUAAUAUCAAUUUAGUUCAUCAAUUAAAUCAAUUAGAAUUAUUAAUUCAAUCAUAUGGUGAUAAAAAAUCACAACAAUCAAUGCAAAAACUUUUUGAUGAAUUACAAUUAACAACGAAACGAUUAGAAACUAUUGAACAAGCAUUAGAAAUGAAUUUUGAAAUGUUUCAAAUAAAAGAUAUGGAUCCAUUUUCAAUACAUUUUAUUAAAAAAUUAAAUUAUAUUUAUAUGGAAUUACAAAAUAUCCAAUUGAAUAUUAAUGAAAAUCAAAAAAUAAUUCAUUUAAAUUCAGAGACAACACAACACAAAAUUGAAUAUUUUCAAGAAUUGUUAAAACAGCUUAAUGACUGCAAGCAAAAUGUGAAUGAUGGACGUUCUGAAUUAGCUGAUAAAAUGGUAUCAUUGCCAGAUGAAAGGAAACUUAGUCCAAUUUACUCAAAUUUCUUAACAACCCUGAAUCAAUAUGACACGCAGUGUAAUAAUAUGUCGAAACAAAUAGAUCAUAUUAUUAGCGCAUUAAAUAAUCGCGUUAAACAAACAGAACAAAUGGCAACACUUCGUCAAAAUAUUAACAGUUCAUUGAAAAAAGUUAGAGAAUCUCGUCAACUACCUUUAAAUGAACAAUAUCUUCAAAACGAAUUAGAUGUAUUAGAUUCGAAUAUGAAAUCGUUGAAAGAACUAAGUGAAGAGCUGUGUAAAUCACCAAAUGAUUCAUCUGACAAACAGAUUAGUUCACAUCAAUUAGAAUAUGAAAUAAAAACAUUAGAGAAUGUAAUACAUGAAGAAUUAGCCAAUUCAAAAUCUGUUAUAUCACCUGAAAAACAAGCUGAACGACUGAUAUCACAUUUACGUGAUACUCUAGUUGAGGUUCAACAUGAUCUUCAUAUACUUUCAAAUCAAUUAUCAUCAUCAUCAUCAUCUAAUCAAGAAAUGAUUACAUCAAUAAUCGAUGAUUAUCAUACAUUAAAUAGUCGUAUAUUAGCAAGAUUAGAUCAUUUUGAACAAUUAGAUCAAUUAAUUCAAUCUAUACAAAAUAAAUUAAUUCAUAAUAGAUUAAAUAAUGAAAAACAAUUAAUUAAAAAUGAUUAUAAUUAUGUUUAUAAAGAAAUACAAUUUAAUUUAAAUAAAUUUCAUUUAUUUAAUGAAAAUGAAAAAUUAUUUAAUGAAAAAAUAUAUCAAAUAUUAAAUUGGUUAAAACAAAAACAAAUUUGUUUAAAUGAAUCCAUACAAAUAACGAAUACAACAAUAGGUAAUACAACAAUUUUAAUCGAUUUAAAUGAAAAAUUAAAACAAUUAAAAAGUUUAUCAGAAGACAUUGAAAAUUAUCACACAACUAUUGAAGAGAUUAAAUUAAGCGGUGAACAGUUAUGUGAAUCAGGUAGAUUUCUUGUAAAUGAAGAUUCUAUACAAAAUCGAUUAGUAAAUCUAAGUGAUAUUUAUGAAGAACUUCAAUCAGAUACAAAACGAAAAUUGUUUAUUUUAGAAUCUGCUUUGCCUGUAGCGCAAUCUUUAACAUCCUCUGUGAAUACGCUUAGUUCACGUUUGCUUAAUGUUGAAUCACGGCUUAAUGGAUUACUAGAAAUCAAUACAAAAGACGUUUCUUCAGCCCAAUUAGAAAAGUCAUUGAUAGAUCAAUUAGAAUAUGAAAUGAUCAAUGGACUAGAACCACAAUAUCAACAAGUUCAUAGUCUUUGGAAUCAAUUAAAACAAAUAUGUAAACCUAUUGAUCUGUUUAUUAAUCCUUCAACAUUGACAACAACACAUUUCCCUAAUCAUUCAGAUGCUAGACUUGGACAUGUAGAACAAAUCGAUAAUGAAUUAAGACGAUUUGAUGAAUUCAAUGAAAAGCUUACCGAUUUAGCUAAAAUUGUUGGUAGCAAUCGUCAAAAAGCUAAACAAUUAAUGCAUAAAUUAGAAAUCAAAUCACAAUGGUUAGAUUUAGCGUUGAAACGUUUUGAUCCGAAAAUAUCCACUACACCAUCAUUAGAUUGGGAUAAUUAUUCUGAUGAAAAUCAUUUUAUAAUUAAUGAAUCAUUGGAAAAAAUGCCAACUAUACAUUCACUUGGUACUGAAUUUCCUUAUUUAGCUGUUCUACCAUAUCAACCUGUUAUGCUAGAUAAACUACAUGAAAGAAUAGAACAAUUUCAAGGGAAUUGGAAAAAAUAUCAAAUUGAUUUAACUCAAUUAUGCGAUCAAAUUCAUGAUAUAAUACAAUCAUCUGCAUUAUCAACAAGUUCUACUAAUCAGAAUAGUGCUAUAAAAGCAUCAUUAUCAUCAUCGCCUAUAAAAACAAACAAAUCUUUCGUAACAUUGACAACGGAUAAAUUUUAUCAUGAAUUAAGUGAUGCUGUGUCUAGUGUUUCAAAACAAAUGAUAACACUUGAUAAUCGGUUAAGUCAAACAGAAAUUAAAUUUGCUGAAGUUUAUCCAUUAGCUAAAUGUUUUACAACUGAUAUGUAUGAAUUUCAAAACUGGCUUCAACAUAUUGAAGAAGCAAAAAAUGAAAUCGCUGACAAUUUAUCAGAUUCCAGUGUUACAGUUGAUGAUUUAGGAGGUAAUCGUAAACGAAUUGAAAUGAUUAAGAAUUUAGAUAAUGAGAUUGAACGUCAAAAAUCUGUAUUGGAUAGAAUUUUAAGAACAAGUGGACCAUUAUUAUCUUUAAUUGCUCCAAAUGAAGCUAAUACUGUUCGUUUACAAGUUAAACAAAUCUGUGACCAUUAUGCUAAUUUACGUAAAUUGAUUAAAACUCGUGCAAUCAAGGCAGAAGCCAAUUUGAAACAAUCAGAUGAGUUUGUCGAGCAAUUAAAUUCAAUGUCAGACCUGUUUUCUGCUAUAUCAGAACAAGCUGUUAGACUAGGUGUUCCUCUGGAAGUAUCUGGUACAACUGUUAAACCGUCCAUAUUAUCUAACGUUCAAAAUGAAAGCUCAAAACAGUUACUUGACCAACAUCAUGCUUUAGAUAUGUUGGGCCGAAUACAUUCAAUGACAAGUGUUCAACCAGAUCAUUUACAAGAACAUAUUAGUGGAACAUCUGCUCUUAUGGAAGCAUUGGAAUGUCGUUUACCGGAACUGGAAGCACUUACUAUUAGUAUUCGUGCUCAAUUGGAGUCGAAACCAACUGUCAAAGAGUCGACUACCACACGUGAACCAGGAACAGUUGAAUUAAUUGAAUCGGUUGAUUUAGAAGCAGUUUUGAAAAAUGCUGAAAAACUUCAAACAGAUUGGAUACAAUUACAUAACAAAUUAAAUUCACGUGUAAUUACACUACAAUCAGCUUACAAAACAUCAUCAGAACAAUUUUGGCCAAUUACUUCAGAUCUAAGAAAUAGAUUAGAUAAAAUUAAAGAAUCAUUAAAUAUUAUCGGAUCAGGUUGUAGUUUAAAUGAUCCGUGUAUUCGACGUGAUCCACUUGAUUCAAAUAGUUAUAAAGAACAAUGUAAAGAUUUAUUUGAAUUAAGAGAAGAAUUGAAUGAUAUAAGUCAACAAUUGAAUGAAUCCUAUGAAGCUGGUCAGAAAUUGAUUAAUUUAAUUAAUGGACAAAUGACUGACAAUUCAAUACCAUCAUCGCUAUCACAAACAUCACUAAUGCCAACAAUAAUGACUGAUAGCUUUAUUUUAAGACGAGAUGAAGAACAAGCUAUACGUAAUGAAGUUGAUUAUGCUUUGCAUGGCUUAAAAGUAUCACAGGAACAUCUUGUUGAUAAAUGUGAAUGUUUAAUUAAACAACUCAAUGAACGUGAAUUAUGUGCCUCACAGUUUAAGUCUGAUUUAAUAAAUUUAAUAAAAUGGUUGACGGAGCAGGAAAGUGUAUGGGAUAAUUUUCAGCCUAUAUCAAAUAAUGUUGAUAUUGUUACGAAACAAUUAAAUGAAAUUGUUCAAUGGAAUGAUAAUUUAAUGAAUAAACAUUCCGAAGUAGAAGCAUUAAAUUGGUUAGCUGGAAAAUUGAUGUCUAAUACAGAUAAUGAACGUUUUACUUUGGAUGAUACAAGCGAUGACGGAACAUUUCCAGUACAAAAUACUACAUCAUUACAAUCUGAUCUAACUGUAGCUAAUCGACGAUGGGACAAUUUAUUAGAUUCCGGCAAUAGUAGACGUCAUCGUUUACAAACUGUUCUACUUGGUUUAGGUGAAUUUGAAAGUGCUAUUGAUGGAUUAAUUAAAUGGAUUGAUCAAAUGCAAACAGCUGUAGAUCAAAUACCUAUACGUCGGGCAAAUAUUCGAGGAUUAGAAGCUGAUUUAGCACGCAUUAAAGUAAUUCAUCACAAUAUUAACAGUCAUCAAUUAUCUGUUGUAAGAAUAGAAGAACAAGCAAGGAAAUUAGAACGUGCUGAUUGCAACAAAAUCGAUAAACCCUCUGGAGUAGAUACUGAUAAAGAUGUCAAAAGAAAAUCACAGACUUCAGAUUUUAAAACAUCAGAUAUCCGAGAUAAAAUUAUUCAAAUGAAUAAAGCAUGGGAACAUUUGAAACUGAGUGUACGCAAUAAACAAGCAGCAUUAGAAGAAGCAUUGAGUGAGACCUUUAAUUUUCAUGGUCAACUGGAUCAACUUAUACGUCGCACUCGACAGUUAAAAAGUCGAAUGCCCCCACCAGGUGCACGCAUUAUGGGUGGUUUACCAGAUAGUGCACGUGAACAGUUACGUCGCUUCAUGGAAGUUUAUGAUGAACUUGUAAAAAUUGGAUCAGAGCUUGAUGAACUGCGUCGAAAUUCAGCUGCAUUGUUAGUUAAUCAGUCAGCAGCAGAGUCAUGUAAUCAAUUAACUACUAAUCUUGAACGUUUCUCUGACCAUUAUGCUCAGUUGUUAAAACAUGCUCAAGAUAUUCGUGACCGUAUGGAAUUAGGUUUAAAACAAGUCGAAGAAUUACAUGAUCAUUUAUCACAAAUGAUGCAAUGGCUUACACAAAUGGAACGUACUAUACUACAACAGAAACCAGUCAGUCGUAUUGUAGCUCGCCUAUUUCAAUUAAUACGUGAUCACACUGAAUUACGUAAAGAAAUUACUGGACAUCGUGAUGCUUUAAUUAAUUUAGAUCGUUUAGCAAGUCAAAUACAAUGUCAAUCACAAAAACAAGAUGUAAUAUUGGUAAAAAAUCUUUUAUCUAGUAUUCAUACUAGAUGGGAGCAAUUAGUUUCACGUAGUGCAGAACGUACACGUCAACUUAACACUGGUCUGAAGGAGGCCAGUAACUUUCUGGACAACUGGACAUCGUUAACAGAUUGGUUAAAGGAAAACUUAGCUUCAUUGGAAGAAGAUGGUGAUCGUGUCGCUACAAGACCUGAGAAAGUCGCUUAUCAAUUAGCAUUACAUCGUGAAUUACAGCGAGCAUUAAGCACACGUACUGUGGCUUAUGAUGGAGUGCGUCGUUACGCUAGACAACUACGUGAUAGAGCACCAGUAUGUGAUCAUGAUGAAUUAGAUGAUAUGGUCAGUGAAUUAAAGCAUUUAUGGCAAGCAGUGUGUACGAAAGCCUUAGCGAGACAACGCACUUUAGAACAAGCUCUCUUGGCAGCUGGUCUUUAUAAAGAAGCAUUGGAAGCUUUACUUGAUUGGUUGAGUAAGAUUGAACCACAAUUAGCUGAACAACAAACUGGAAACUAUGGUGAUGUGGAUAUUGUUGAGCAAUUGUUAGAAUCUCAUAAUCGUUUCAAAGCUGAGCUGGAACAACGUGCCACAUCUGUGAAAUUAAUACAUCAAGCUGCCAGUGAUUUAAUGAAUAAAGCUUCAUCUACUACUGACUCUGGAGCUGGUUCAUCAGCUAGCAAUCAAGCUGAUGUGUUUGCUAUGCAAGCUCAAUUAAAUCAUUUAUCUAAAAUAUGGGAUCGUGUGCAGAAUUUAACUCAACGUCGAAGUGAACGAUUGGAUCAUGCAUUAAAAAUGGCGCAGCAAUUUCAGGAUACAUGUCGAAGUUUAAUGGAUUAUUUUGCUGGCGCAGAACGUGUUAUUCAUCGUUUGGCUGCUUUACCCACCUUUGAUGAUGAUGGCGAACUGGAAAUUGAAACUGCUGGCACUAACAAUCCACCAACUAAUUUAACAGAUGCAAUUACAGCUCAUCGACAAACACAUUCUAAUUUAAUGAAUCAAGCUGAUCGAGUUGAAGCUGCUUUACAAUUAGGAAAUAAACUUUUAUCUCAAGCUCAUCCAGCAGCUGUGAAACGUUUACGUCAAUGGGUUAAUACUAUUCGUACACGAUGGGAGGAGUUAACUUCAUGGUCUGAACAACGUGGAGAUCGUUUGCAAGAAGCUUUAGAAGAACAGAAUAAACGUAAACUUCAACGUGAAGAACUCAUGCACUGGAUACAUGUAAAAAUGAGUGAAUUAAAAAGUAUUCCAACAUCAAUACCGAUAUCAUCAUUGUCAUCUUCAUCGACUAAUUUACAAUCAGCUAAGAGUAAACUAGACUCAAAUGAUUCAAAAUCAAUAGACUCCAAAGACUUAUUUUCCAUAACUCAAGAACGUAUUGCUAUAUCAACUAUAACUUCUUUAGCUCGCCAACCUAACGUUGUUGUCAAUAGUAAUAGUAGUAUAAAUAGUAAAGAUUUAAAACAACCUGAGAUUCUUAUUGAUUUUACAACAAUUUUAAAUGAAAUAACCGAUUCAAAAAUCAUUGAACAAUUACUCAAUCUACAUAGUCAUUUAGAAGAAGAAGUGAAACAAAAACAACCUAUUUAUGAAAAUAUUAUAAAACAUGCUAAACGACGUACACCAGUUAAAUCAUCUCAUAAUAUUAAUAUUAAUAAUAAUAAUCGCCGAAGUCGUUUACCAAUACGACCCAGUGGUAAUCUAUUCAACCGUUCUAUUAAUACAGCAAAUCAACAACAUAAUCCAUCUAUAUCAGUUUUCACUUCACCGAAUGUUAAUCAAUUAUAUUUAAAUUGGAGAGAAUUAUGGAUUGCAAUGUUAACACGUAAAUCCCAAUUAAAUGAACGUUUAGCUUAUUUAAAUGAAGUGGAGAAAAUGAAAGAUUUUCAUUUUGAAUCAUGGCGUCAACGUUAUGUUUCAUGGUUAAGUACAAAUAAAGCACGUGUUAUUGAUUUAUUUCAUCGUAAAGAUCGUGAUCGAGACGGUCGACUUACAAAAGCUGAAUUUAUUGAUGGUAUAAUAGAAAUGAAAUUCCAAACAAGUCGUGUUGAAAUGGAAACAGUUGCAGAUAUAUUCGAUGCUAAUGGAGAUGGAUAUAUUGAUUAUCGUGAAUGUUUAAAUGCACUAAGAGCUAAUUAUAGUAAUUUGGAUAGAACAUCAUCAUCGAAUACUAAUGGUGGUAGUUCAUUAAGUUUAAAUCGUUUCGGUCCAUCGGAUGAAGAAACUAUUAAUGAUGAAUUAAAACGUCAAGUUGGAUUGUGUACAUGUCAUAACACAUAUAAAAUUAAGAAAAUGGCAACGAAUAAAUAUCGGUUCGGUGACUCACAAAAAUUAUGUCUAGUUCGCAUCCUUCGUAGCGCUGUAAUGGUUCGUGUAGGUGGUGGUUGGGUGACACUGGACGAAUUUUUAGUUAAAAAUGAUCCAUGUCGAGCUCCCCAAUGGAAACCGAUCGGUGAUUUUAAUGAAGAUUUACACAGUUCAUCUGAUUGUGCAAUCGCACCAAUCACACCUAUAUUGACAACGCUUCAGCGUAAAUCCUCUUCCUUCGCCCAUCGUCUACGAUCAUCACCAACAUCACAAUAUAGUACAACGUCAGCCAGUUCAUAUGCAUCAUUACCUACAUCAAAUCAUGAUUUGAAUGUAGUUAAAAAUAACGAUGAAAAUGAUAAUACUAUCACUGAUAACACUAAUGCUAAUAGUAAUAAUAUUAAGUAUCGUCAUGAUCGACAGGCGACAAUACCAUCUCGUCAUUCUGCUGCUUCAUUAUCUCAACCUCAUAGAAAUAGUAUGUAUGGUGAAACAAUUUAUGAAAAAAGUGUAGAUGAUAAUUUACAUCAAAGGCGUGCUUCAGCAAUUUGUAUACCUUCCAUAAGUAACACAACACCAACAUUUUCCAAAGAAUUCAAUAGCAAACAAUCUGGUGUCAUUCAAUCUGAGUAUUUACCUCAAAUAAGUAAAACAAUGUCUAAAUCUCAACUUUCUACAUCUUCACCUAGAAAUGAUUCAUUACCAACUGAUCCUAAUUUAAUUCAAUCCAAUACGAAAACAAAUAAAGAUUCUGUAACUAUGCCCGGUUCAACUUGUAAUAAUUCACGUAUAGAUAUGUUAUCAAAAUCUAAAAUUUCUUUAUUACAAACUAAUUUAAACACUAACAAUUCAACCUAUCAACAAUCGACAGAAUUAAUUGACGUUACCGCGGAUGCUGACACCAGAAAUAAUAAUAAUAAUAAUAAUAAUAAUAAUAAUAAUAAUAAUAAUAAUAAUAAUAAUAAUAGUAAUAAUAAUAAUAAUAGAUCUAUGUGAAAAACUGUUUAUUAGUUGUUUAUUUUAAUUCAACUAAAUGUGUAUAUCAAAAUUCACCUUAACCACUUAAAAAUGGUUACUUUCGUUAAUUUAUUUUCGAAUUUGUUUUCUUUUAUUUCAUCACAUUAUCAUUUAUUUUAUUGGAAGUAGAGUUUAUUAUUUAUUGUGUGUUGUAUUAUUCUUUUUUUUUCUUUUUUUCUUCCUUUUUUUAUUUAUUUUGCUUUACACAUCACAGAUUUGAAGAGAAAAUCUACUUACUUAUUGUAUAAAUAAAUAAGAAUAUUAGAUAUGUGCACUUGAAAAAUUGUCUUUAUGCAACAAACGCCCUUUUUUUUCUUCAUAUAAUUUUAUUAAAUAUCUAAAAGUUCACUUCAAUUUCUUCUUUUACACUCUUUGUUCCGAAUGACGUAGCAACAACAAUAACAACAACAAUUGCAAAAACAUUUACAUAUCGUUUUUUAAAAAAAAAGUGUCUACAAAAGUGAUUUCUAGAUUUUAUGUAUUUUAUUAUUGGGAAUGGGUUAAUUAUUUAAUCAAUUGAAUGAAUAGGUCAAAGAGGCGGUAUGCGGUGAAUGGGCAGUGGUUAGAUCAAUCAAACAGCAUUGUUGUCAUAUUUGUCUUUAUCAAUUUUAAUGUUAUAUUAAUUAACAUACAGCUGCCAUUAUUUUUGUGCUAAUAACUUUCAUUGUAUCUACUUACAAAUUCAAGUUAAUUUUUGUUAUUUCAUUUGUUCUUAUGAAUAUUUUAUCUUGUGCUCUUUUAUUUAUCUCUUUUUAUUUGUGUGAUGAACUAUUUAGUUAUUCUGUAUUUCUCAUUAUCUUUAUGUGUUUUCCGAGAUUCCUUCAUACGCUUGUAUCAUUCAAUUUCUGUUGUAAAAAAAGUUCUCUUAUUGUUAUUACUCAUUGUCAGUUUAUAUGGAAAUAGAAAUACAUCUAUAUUAAUGA